AUGUCUUCAACUCUACGAAGUGUCCGACUUGCACCGGUGCAAUCUUUCAGCUUUGCUCGCCAUUUCUCCACCUCAAAGACUUUCGCGUCUCGCCUUCGUCAACCGGGAGAGCCUACAGGUCCCAACGAACCCGCCCGUCAUACAAACUCCGCACCCUCGAAGUCCCCGCUCAAGGUCUGGCCUUUCGUAUUCAUUUUUGCAGCUGGGUCAUUCCUAUUCAAGAAGAUCGUUGAUCAGAGGAAAGGGGAUUACUCUAACGCUGGAAAACCUGUCGCCGGACAUUCACCCUCGCGCCCUUAG